AUGACGCUAAAGCGGAGGCGAUUUAACUAUGCAAACUUGGGUCCGUGGACACGAAAGAGUAGAGGGGAGAAACAAUGGCGCUAUAACAUGCUUGAUCUUCGAGCGGUCGCCUAUACAAACUUGGCAUUGGCGGAAGGUCUGCCAGGAGGGAGCGGGGGAAUUAUAAUGACGCUGCAACCAGACGACGAUGAAGCUCGGGUCGAGCUCGAAUUCUGUGUACAUGGUGAGCGGGGGCUGGAGAAGAACGACGAGCACAACAGCAUCAUCACGACACCAUGGUUGACAUGGAGGUGGGAGUCGACGACGACGACGAUGAGGCGGGCACGUGCAGUUGGUGGAUGGGAGGAGGGAAAGAGUGACGGGCGCGAAGCCUGA